CCCUCCCCCCUGCUUUGCCACCACCGGUGUCCUGGUGCGGCGCCUCAUGGCUUUCUCCCAGUGCUGCAGCCGCGGCCACGUGACGUGGCAUGGGAACUUGCCAGGGCUGUGGCGAUCGAGCCGCUGCGCCGGAGCCGACGGGAGGCCACUCACCCAACGGCGAUGACCUGGCGAUGCCUGUCUUCGGCGAUGACGCGCAGGACGGCGGCUUCUCCAUGCCACCGAUGAUCCCCAGUCGUUCGCAUCACGAUCUGUCGCCCAGAGACUGCACACCCCGAAGCCGAGCGUCCAAGACGCCUAAGACGCCUAAGACGCCCAAGACGCCCAAGACGCCGACGAAGACGCCGCGGAGUGUGCACACGGAACAUGUGAACUUAGAAGAUCUCGAUGAGGAGGACGAGGAUGAUGAUGAUGAUGAUGCAGAUCUGGACGCGCUAGAGUUGAGAUGCGUCGUCAUGGAGGCCCACUUUGACUUUUAUGAUCCGAUCUCCAAGAAGGGACAGGUGAUGCCUUUGAUCGAAGAGGUCAAGCACCAUCGCCCCAUCAAGAGACCCGGCGGCGUCUCGACUCCCGCCAGUUCCUCCGGGACGCCCUCCGACGCCGAGGGCCACCCCAUGGAGGCGGUGACGCCGAAGACUCGGGCCCAGCGCGAGAUCGAGAUCAUCACGCGCUGGGGCGUCAUCUCAGGGAAGUUGAUCUUCUCACGAGUGCUCACGCUGACGACGAUGAGCAGCAUGUAUGUGGUUCGCGCACAACAAGCUAAGUUUGAGAAGAGCUCACGGGUGUGGACGCGGAUCGAAGCCCGCGCACGGCGCGUGGUGAACCAAGCAGCCUUGUUGACCAAGAAGGUCAUGCAUGAGAAGGGCGAUCUCUACCAUGCAGACUGGCGCUUGCAAGGUGGAGCUUUACAGGAGCUCUUUACCGUGGAAUACAUCGACACCUUGAUGAUCCUGGCCAAGGCGAGCGCGAAGCUCUUGGCACUGCAGCCCGUAGUGGGCCAGGCCCAUGUGCCUUGCCGGAUCUUUGGAGAUUUGCAUGGGCAGUUUCGCGACCUGCUGUUGCUCUUCGGGGCCUUCGGCUUUCCCGGGAGCAAGGAGGACUCAGAGGAGCAGGAAGUGUCCUACGUGUUCAAUGGCGACUUUGUUGAUCGGGGUGCUCACAGCUUAGAAGUCAUUGGCCUCCUUUUGGCCUUGAAAGUCUACAUGCCCAAUCGCGUGUGGCUGGUGCGGGGAAACCAUGAGGAUCGCUCCAUGAACGCGCGCUACGGCUUCCUGGACGAGUGUCAAGACCGCCUGGGAAACAACUUUGGUCGCAAGACCUACGAUUUGAUGCAAACCGCCUUCGACCAACUGCCCUUGGCCUGCGUGGUCGGAGGGCACAUUUUAUGCGUCCAUGGCGGCGUGGGUGAUGGACGCUGGGACUUGAACGACCUCAGAGCUGUGCGACGACCCUUGGGGCAACAGGAGUUGGGCUCUUCCAAGUUCCGCUGGGUGCACAACAUCCUCUGGUCCGAUCCCAUCGAAGACGACCGCGCCCAGCGCGACGCCGAGCGCGACGCCCUGCGCGACGGUGCCGGCGGAGGUGAGCGGCAGAAGGGGCUUUUUAGGUUUUUCUGCAUCUUGAGGCCGAGGUACCAGGUUUGGAUGGGAUGUGACCAAGACCUUUUGUGCUCGCAAUGGGGUGGACAUGGUGGUUCGUUCGCAUCAGUCCAAGAAGAAUGGCCUCGGAUUCGACUUGAUGCACGACGAAUGCCUCAUUCGUGUUUUCUCCGCCCGGGACUACGAGGGCCACUGCAACGACGGCGCGGUGCUGCUGGUCCGUUCGGGCGAGGACGAGGGCCUCCAGGGACGGCCCUCUCUGUCCGUGCGAGCGCAAGUGGUGGGCUCCUAUGGGAAGGCGGUACAACGAUCCCAGGCAGACUGAGAGGCAAACUGUCCACACUCCGCUUCAGCCGCUUCAGCCAGCAUAAAUGCGUGGUGUCCGCAUGCAUGCCAAAGACCAGUUUUCUUUUAUUGAUCACUCCCAAGAAGUUUGGGGGUCUCCCAGAAUGCUGCGGGGGUUGAAU